AUGUCGCUGUGGCCUGGCCUGUGCCGGGCGAUAGUCCUAGUUAUUUUCGUCGUUUUUGCUUUAGUGCCUAAGGGAGAGACUAGGGAAUGCACAGGGUGUCCGGGUGCCCUGAACGGUACUUACAAAUGCGACUGCAGAGGGUUGAAGGGACGGCCAGGUGGGGAAGGGAUUCGGGGCAUGCCAGCUCGACCAGGUGACUAUGGAGACAUAGGACUGCCGGGACCUCCAGGACCAAAGGGGGAAAAAGGGGCCGACGGAGAAUAUGGGGCUGGUGGUGAUAAGGGACCGAGAGGAGAUGAAGGGUACCGAGGAAUGGGCGGUCUCGCAGGACGAGCUGGGGAAACGGGAGAGUCAGGUCAGAGAGGACCAGCUGGCCUAGACGGUUGCAACGGAACGGAUGGCUCCCACGGAGUCCAAGGCAUGCCCGGUCGCCCGGGAAUCCGGGGUCCUCCGGGCCCGGAGGGUCCCCAGGGAUUCAGGGGGGAACCCGGCGACGGUGGCGGCAACUCCAGGCGCGUCAAGGGCGAGAUGGGGGAGUUCGGGUACGACGGACCCAAGGGGCAGCCUGGGGUUCAAGGACCUACAGGACCCGAUGGGUAUAUGGGGCCUCCUGGAAUAAGUGGAAUAGUUGGAGAGGCCGGCGUUAGAGGGCCACCUGGAGACAUGGGUGAGGACAGAUGGGGACCGGCAGGAUCCCCUGGCGAACAAGGAUUGCAGGGGCCGAAAGGAGAGAAGGGGGAGGGAUUUGCGAACGAUACUCUGGUCGUCUACCCGACUUACCUGAAUCUCAAGGGGAAACCUGGAGAUGACGGUGACAAAGGGCUGAGAGGAGAGAUCGGACAAAAAGGUUACAUUGGGGACAGAGGACUCGCAGGCAUACCCGGCCGAAAAGGUGAACAAGGCUACCGAGGAGACACGGGCGAAGACGGCCACUUCGGAAAGCAGGGCCGGCCGGGCCCGUUGGGCCCAAGCGGCGAAAAAGGAGACAAGGGCGCCCCUGGCUUUGCCGGAACGGAUGGCCUGGACGGCCUGGCAGGGGAAUCCGGGGAGCCGGGCCGGCCGGGAACCCCUGGACCUCAAGGUCGAGAAGGUCCACCUGGUGUCUUCGAUCCUCUAUUAGACGAAGCAGGCAAGAUUGGGAGCGUAGGAAGGCAAGGAAUAGAUGGACCAAUUGGUGACAGAGGUAUGGCUGGAAUCCCUGGCCAGCCAGGAUCUCCAGGACCUGUAGGCGAAGCUGGCAAGCCUGGACCUCCUGGACGACCAGGACUGCCAGGACUGAAGGGAACAUCAGUGAAAGGAGAGCAAGGACUCGCCGGUUUGCCAGGCAGGCCAGGAAACACCGGACCUCCAGGCUCUCCUGGGUUAUACGGCCCGGAAGGAGAGAAAGGAUUCGCUGGCGAAACAGUGUACGGACCUGCAGGACCACCUGGCAUUCCAGGGAUUCCCGGAUUCGACGGCCUUCCCGGAGAUAGAGGAGACACAGGGGAUCCCGGGCAGAAAGGUUUCCCGGGGGUGGGAUUACCGAUAAGAGGGCCACCAGGGGAUGCAGGGUCGAGAGGACCGCCAGGUUUAGCUGGCGAUCCAGGGUUUCCCGGUGGAGAUGGAUUCCCUGGGUUGAAAGGAAGGAGGGGUGAUGAUUGUGGUGUUUGUCAACCUGGCCGGCCAGGAUUGAAGGGAGAAGCUGGCGAAUAUGGCCGAAAAGGGCGACCGGGUACCGCAGGAUACCAAGGACUUCCUGGACCUCGAGGACCUAGAGGGCCAGACGGAAGACCCGGAUUACUCGGUGGACCCGGAUUGGACGGCACUCCCGGAGCGGAUGGAAUUGAAGGUCCUCCUGGAAUGGACGGACCGAGAGGUCUCCUAAACUAUCCAGCACCUUCUCAAAUAAAACCAGAAGAAGCGGAGAUAGGUGACCCUGGAUUUCCUGGACCUAUCGGACCUGACGGAGACAUAGGCCCACAGGGGAUACCGGGUGAUGCUGGUCACCCAGGACCGAAGGGCGAAAGGGGAGACUUUGGAGAGCCGGGAAUUCCGGGUAGAGACGGUUUGCCUGGAAGGAAUGGAGAGCCCGGACAAAAAGGAGAUCGAGCCUCAAUUCCAAGGGAAUUUUUGAGAGGAAGAAAGGGGCAAAGAGGUACUCGCGGUGACACUGGGCUGCCGGGAUCACCAGGAAUCAGAGGAGCACCUGGACAACUUCUAGGCAUGAUAAUAGACAAAACAGGCGAAGAAGGAGUAAAAGGAGAAAUGGGUGAACCUGGCUACGAUGGUUUGAUCGGCCAACAAGGAUACAAGGGUUCCGUGGGUCGGCCAGGUCCGUCAGGUCUACGCGGCAAACCAGGAAUAUCAUUCGAGGGACCUAUGGGUUUGAAAGGAUAUCCAGGUAUUCCUGGAGACGAAGGACCUCGGGGACUUGCAGGACAGCCAGGAUUACCUGGGCUAGGAGGAAUUCCUGGAGCCGCAGGACCGAAAGGAGACCGCGGAGAUCGCGGAUUGGCUAUUCUGAAUGGAGACAUCGGUCCACAGGGUCCUGACGGUGAAAAAGGUGAACCGGGAGAUUUCGGCCCAGACGGGCGUCCAGGAAUCCCUGGUAGACCAGGAUUCAAGGGUGAGAGAGGUCCUAAAGGAGCGCCAGGAUAUUCCGGCCUUCCUGGUUUGGCCGGACCGAAAGGUCAGAGAGGGAUAAUACUACCAGGGCCUAACGGGAGAACAGGAGCUCCAGGACAACCAGGGUAUCCCGGACAGUUUGGAGAUGUUGGCCAGACAGGAGAUGAUGGACCUCAAGGUCCAGCGGGUUUGCCGGGUGCUAAGGGAGAACCUGGACUCCAAGGACUUACAGGAAUACAAGGUGAUGAAGGUCCAGAAGGCUACCCCGGUCAUAGUGGCAGAAACGGUCUUCCAGGCCUCCCAGGACUGCAAGGAGAACGAGGAGACAUGGGCUACCGCGGCGACCGUGGCCCCACCGGCCCUAAAGGCUUUGUGGGCUACGCCGGAAUCAAAGGAGAGAGGGGGAACGUCGGUCCUCAAGGGCCGACGGGCUUCCAAGGGGAACCAGGACUGACUGGGCCCCGAGGAGACGAUGGGUUCCCGGGUUGGCCUGGGGAGAAAGGAGAUGCGUCCAUAAGUGGAGAGAAGGGCGAUCAAGGUGAUGAUGGACUACGAGGUUCAUCUGGUGUUGACGGUAUACCCGGACUGCCUGGUUUGCCUGGACUACCAGGAGAGCCUGGUCGAGACGUAGUUGGACAACCAGGUUACAAAGGAGAGAUGGGAGAACCAGGAAGAGGUGGCUAUUAUGGAGCACCAGGAGUUAAAGGAGAAAAAGGAAAUUAUGGGGCGGCUGGGUCGACGGGAGAAAUAGGCGAUACAGGAACACCUGGUCGUAUUGGGUACUCAGGACGUAAUGGACUUCCAGGGCUCAAAGGAAUCAUGGGUUAUUCGGGAGGGUACGGCUUGAACGGCACAAAGGGAGAACGCGGUAUGGAUGGCGAACCAGGGUUACUGGGAAGGCCAGGCAUGCCCGGUGACCUGGGUAUGCCAGGAAUGAUGGGUCUGGAAGGAGCCAAGGGAGCUAAGGGUAACCAGGGUUUGCCGGGUUUGGCACCGUACGGUUAUGCGGAAAAGGGAGAUAUGGGAGCUGUAGGCAUGUUCGGUAUACAUGGUCUGAAGGGUAUUCGGGGAGACACCGGACUACCAGGCUACUCAGGUCCAAAGGGUACCAGAGGAGAUGAUGGCUACGCCGGACUGCCAGGCGAACCAGGUUAUCCUGGUCUAACAGGCUACCGCGGUGACGUCGGACUACAAGGUCCUCCAGGUCUACCGGGACAGAACCCAAAACGAGGUGAACCCGGAACCCCAGGCCGAGACGGCUUACCCGGCCUGGAGGGCGUACGCGGCCAGAAGGGCGCGCCCGGAGAAAACGGACUGGACGGGCCCGUGGGCAGGGCCGGCGUGCCAGGCCUCGGCAUGCCUGGCGUGAAGGGCAUGCGCGGGGACAACGGCCUGUUGGGGCUGGCCGGCAGACAGGGGGCGCCUGGCGCGCCAGGAUUCGACGGGCUGGAGGGCCUGCAGGGGCUGAAGGGCUUGCAGGGCGACUACGGGUAUCCAGCGAUCAACGUCAAAGGUGGGCCUGGAGACGAAGGGUUCAGAGGCGCCCCAGGCUUCAACGGCACAAAAGGCGAACGUGGUGACUCAGGCUUAGACGGCCUACCAGGAGAGGAAGGCCCCAUAGGUCCUAAAGGCCUACCCGGAGACUUUGGCAGAGACGGACUACCGGGAAUGCCGGGCUUCAGAGGCCAGAAGGGAGAACCGGGUGACUGGGCCAUAGGCGCUGUGCCAGGAGAGCCCGGAGAAAUCGGUCUGCCAGGUUUCAACGGAGCGCCAGGGCUGCAAGGCCUACCUGGUCUCAACGGACUGACCGGCAUGAAAGGAACCAAAGGUGACAGAGGCGAUUACGGUGACGCUGGCCUUCCAGGUCUCAACGGUCCUAGGGGCUUGCGAGGUGAUCAAGGUUUUCGAGGCUUGACAGGCGCUAAAGGGUAUCGAGGCCCGGCGGGAGAACGUGGAUCACCAGCUCCGCAAUACGCGGGGCCGAGAAGUAGGGGCUUCUACUUCACCAGGCACUCCCAAUCUGAAAUAGUCCCAGUUUGUCCCAAGAAUACCGUUAGUAUGUGGGACGGUUACUCUUUGCUGCACAUCAUGGGUAAUGAGAAGUCGCAUGGUCAGGAUUUGGGUGCUCCAGGAAGCUGUUUGAGGAAGUUCAACACGAUGCCGUUCCUAUUCUGUAAUCUCAAUGAUGUUUGCGAUUACGCUCAGCGAAACGAAUACAGUUAUUGGUUGUCGACUACUGAACCUAUGCCGAUGACGAUGACACCAAUUGAAGCCAGAGAUACCCAGAGAUAUAUUUCAAGGUGUUCUGUGUGUGAGGCGCCAACUAGAGUCAUAGCAAUUCACAGCCAGACAAUAACUAUACCUAAGUGUCCUGGUGGAUGGGAAGAACUUUGGGUUGGAUAUAGCUUCUUGAUGCACACCGACGCAGGAGCAGACGGCUCAGGCCAAUCCUUGGUCUCGCCAGGUUCUUGCUUGGAAGAGUUCAGACCGAAACCAUUCCUCGAAUGCCAAGCUCACGGCAGAUGCAACUAUUACACCACCGCAGUUUCGUACUGGCUGGCCACCAUCGAGGAUUACGCCAUGUUCAGGAAACCGAGGCCGGAGACCUUGAAAGCAGGCUACCUCACGCAGAAAGUCAGCCGAUGCUCCGUCUGUAUCAGGAGACACAGCAGUUACAGCCGCACUCCUGAGACGGUACCGGUACAGCCUCCGAGCGAAAUCAACAGACGGCCAGUCUACAGGCCUCCGUACAGACAGAGACCUGCGGGAAGUAAUGCGCCUUACUACAGGCCUUCGGGUGCUCCUCCACCGCCUUUCCUGCCUCCUGCGGGGCCAAGUUACAGGAACCUCAAUAACCAAGAGAGACAACGCCAGAGGAUUUACAGGAGAAGAAGACCAACCAACUACUCUAGAACGCAGGGGAAAACUCCCACUACCGAGUGA